AUGCAAUAUUCGCACCUGUUAGCACUUUGUCUGGUCGGCUUAGCGCUGGCUCAAAACGUCUCUGCGGACGGCAAGUUGAAGAUAGGUGUCAAGAAACGCGUCGAAAAUUGCACCGUACGAACUAAGAAGGGUGAUCUGGUGCACAUGCAUUAUACGGGAACGCUUCAAGAUGGAACAGAAUUCGAUAGCAGCAUUCCUCGUGGUAGUCCGCUUACAUUUACGCUUGGAAUGGGCCAGGUCAUAAAGGGAUGGGACCAAGGAUUGCUUGGAAUGUGUGAAGGUGAGAAGCGGAAGCUGGUCAUCCCUCCAGAGCUGGGUUAUGGAGAGCGCGGUGCCGGUGAGAAAAUUCCACCCAACUCGGUGCUCAUUUUUGAGGUAGAAUUGGUGAAAAUUGAACGGAAAACAGAACUGUAA